AAAAUUAUAUACGGUACAACCAUGAAAGUUGACUUUAUGCAUCAUUUUCAUUCAUUUUUUAUCCAUAUAUUUUAUAAGAAGGCCCUAUAUAAAUUCCCUCCUCAAACUUUCUUCCGCUAUCACCAUCCUCGGCUCUCUCCCAAUCUGCCCUUCAGAUCUGCUUCCAGCUUCACCGAGAUGGAGCACAAGGCCACACUUCGACUUCUUCUUCUGUUUAUGGCUCUUUCCUUCAUUCUGAUCUCCUCCGCUGCCGUUCCCACGACCAGAAGCCUCAAUUCAAACAUUGAAAAUCCAUCAGUCCAGGAUUCAUGGGCACAGGGCACUGCAGUGGACUUGAGGGGUAAAGAAAAGUGGGCAGAAGUGGAAGGAGGAUAUGCUGAGAGGAGAAUGGAGGUGGAAACCACAGAUUACCCCGGAGCAGGAGCAAACAACCACCAUGACCCAAGGACUCCCGGAAGAAAUUGAAUGGAUCUGAAAAUUUAAUUAUUUAGUUAUAAAUAUGUCUAUUAAUUCCACCAAGACAGUCUAGAUAGUUUGGAUUUGGUAGACUGUGGCAGUGUUAAGGAGGUGUGGUUUUCUACAGUGCCCCAAUCUAACAUGAUCGUGGGCGGGAGCUUCACUUUCUGGGAUGGAAUGUUCUGGGUACUUAUGGGGUAUACUUCUGUCCCUUUGUGUUUCUCUCUUUAAUAUAUACAUAUAUAUAUAUAUAUAUAUAUAUAUAUUAUUUGUAUAAUGUUAGUACUAAUGUUUGAUUAUGUGUGGCUCAACUAUUAUUGAUGUCAUCGGAUUCCUUUUC